GAACGAGGUGGGGAAUAUUAACGGCGUAAGCACGAGUUUGUUGAAGCAUAACUGGGUAGCCUUUGUCCCUAUCUGGAACUGUUCGUGGCAGCAUGUUUACUAUACGACAUGGACGGUCGUGCAGAGCUACAUUUCUUUUUGCGACUGUCUUUCUGUCCGCAAGUUUUAUGUUUUUUACAUGGAAUAUUGAUUAUCAAGCAAAACCGAUGACAGACAGGUUGCACGUGAGCGUAAUUAUUAACGACACCAUUGCAAAGAAAGGCUCAUUCUUUGAAGCAGCGAUCCGUCAGGUGCAUCAACAGCUGGGAGAUAAAAUGGAUCUACUCCAAGAAUUUGAUGACACGCUACUGAAACAGCGACAGAACCAUGCGACUCAGAUGUGCUCUGUGUUGAAGAGAUUUGAAAUGGCUGACACCAUGAGACGAGUAUCAUAUUACAAGAACAUCAAUGUUCUUUAUUGUUCUGUACCAAAGGUUGGGACGAAAUUCUGGUUCAGAAUGUUUCAUGUGAUGGAAACCGGUGAACAUACUUCACCAUUUGAGAUUCCAGACGGCCCUAAGUCGCCAUAUCACAUAAGUAAUUCCGUAAAUAAUGCAGAAAUUGCAAAAAGAAUCAAAUUGGCCCAGAAAAUCAUUUUCACACGAGAUCCCUACAAGAGGAUAUUCUCAACUUACAUUGAUAAAUUGGUAAGUCCAAACGGUAGAUAUUGGUCUAUGGGCAGAAAAAUAUUAAAGAUUGUCCGAAAAUCGAAGUUAAAUACAAAAUUUCAAUGUGGUCAUGAUGUACAGUUUGGGGAACUUGUGAAAUAUCUGAUAGCAUCGGACCCUGAAUCUUACGAUCAACAUUUAAAGCCUGUGUCUUCUCAAUGUGACGUAUGCGAUAUUCAUUAUGACGUGAUAGGUAAAGUCGAAACAUUUAAGCAUGACGUCAUGUACAUUCUAAACAUAACGAAUGCAUCUGAGAAAGGUGUCACAUUCAAGGAUUUCGCAGAGGAAAAAAACGUAGAUAACAUUAUUUUUAAAGUAAGAAGAGCUUUUGCUUUAAAGAAACUGUCUUUGAAAUGUAUCAGUGAUCACAUGGUACAUCUUCGUUUGUGGCGUGUCCUACAGAUAGGAGGGUUGAUUGAUAAGUUUGACAACUACCCUUUAAACCAGGACGAGAGCCGAGAAGCAAAUGUGACAGUGAUAACGGAUUUGAUGUUACGAGCGUAUGGGCGAUCAACGCAUGCGGCUAGAUUUAACAAACAAGAAGCUCUGCUCCAAGCCUACAGCCAGGUUCCUUUGGAGGACCUCGAACAACUGCGGCUGAAAUACCUCAGAGACUUAAUACUGUUUGAUUAUGAAGACAGGCCAUCUUAUCUGUUUGAUGGGAAAGGUUCAGCCAAACCUAAGAACAAAAACUCUUUCGACUACUAUGAUGCAAUGUCGUUGAGUUUAUAACGGGCACUGCGUUAACUGUGUCGGGGAUUGUUUCAUCCUAUAGCGGUAUGGCGGAGCUGUGUAAAAGUGAGACUUUAUAUUAUUGCGACGUUAUAAGCACAUAUAACACGAACCUCCGCAUCAAAGAUUUUCGGAACCCGUGUAGGUUACCCCUCAGUCAUAUUUAUUAUGACACACUGCACAACAAGUAACUGUGCUUUAGUGACUAGCUAGAAUAUUGGAACUUUUAUAAGCACAUUGCCCUGCAUGGGUUAUAAUUGCAAUGAAAUAAUCAGUAUGUCCUCAAGAUAGGCUCACAGUACACAGCUGCCUGAUAUCAAAACUGAGAACGAUACCGAUAUAUGUUCUUGGUCUUUGAAAACUCAGUGUCAGACAGUGAGAAUGGCCAUGCUCAAUUAAAUUUGCCUCAUAGAGUUUUGUUUUGUUUUGUUAUGAUAUACUAUCAUUCCUCCCGUGAACAGGUAUUAGGUGAAUUCUGAUACGUCAUUAUGGACAUU